GGCCAGAGUAGAAGGGCGGGGCUAACGGAAGGCAGAGCGUGUGUCAUCUCGGGCUACCUUGGUGUGGAUCUGGUGGCCACUCGACGCAGACAUGGAUGAGGUGUGGGUAUUAUCUUUGUGUCUGACUUUCUUCGCCUUCGUGGUCGCCCUCCUGUCCUUGAGGAAGUCCGAUGAUACCUCCGCGAGCUCGGCUAAAGACAAGGAGCAGAAAACCCCCGAUCCUAUCCCCUCUUCGCCCCAGCCGGCUGCCCGUUACAUGGAGCUCACUCUGGAAGACAUCGAGAAGUCGCUCGAGCGACUGGGAGCGGUGCUGGGCAUAGAGUCGGCAGGCGUCAAGGAACCAGCCUCCCGGCGACAGACACCGGCUUCUGAUUCCGACACAUAUCCUUCGCUGUCUGACCGCGAGGAGCAGCCGUUCCGGCGUGGGGGGAGAGGAGCAGUAUCCCGUCGAUGGGCAGAACAUGACGGCGCUGAAGCCUGGAGUCACCCCGAGAGACAGGACAAGAUUGAAUCUUCAGAGCAGAUAGAUCCUCGGAGACGUGGUGGAGGAGAAGGGAAAGAAAUUCUAGAGUGUCCACCUGCAGCUACUGCAACACAAGAUAUAAUGGAACAGAUUGAGCAAGCUGUCCAGGAGACAUUAGAUCAUAACAAGGAGCGGUCAGAAUUUGUUCGAAUCCGGCGAGCUCCACCUGCUCCACGGUUUGAAAUUCUGCGUAGGGAUGAUAUGCUGCAGAACAAAAACCUGCAUUCCUCUGAGUAGAUUUGGCUCAGUCUGAGGUGGCUUUCACGCUGUUCCUUCAACUUCUUGAGUGACCUUCAGUCUUUUGAGGGCUCUGAAUGGGCAUGUUGUUGUCUUGCUUAACCCUUCCAAACUUCAUAGCUGCUGGUGGAUUUGGGCCACUUGUCUAUUUUAAUUGAAAAUGUUACAAUUGAAACCGAAAACAUGCAUCUUUAUAGUGUUUGCUAGGAUAAUUCAUAUUUUAUUUGAUGCAUCUUUAAACAGUCUGGACCUUCAGCAAGCUUGUGACUGCACACCAUGUGAAGAUUAUCCGCAAGUCUCACACCAGGAUCUCUCUUGUGGGAGCACCUAUUGUAGAGUUUUGAUCAUUUCAAUUUGGAAACUGAAGUAUUAAGGAAUUGCAUAACUAUUGCUUUGUUUGCAAUAUAGCACUUAGCAACACCGCAGGUGAAGCACUUGCUGUAUAUGGUUUCCUUUUCUAUCCUAUCCUCCAUUCGUUAUGAAAUGCAGCAAAAUAAGUUGUAAUCCACACAUUAGCUUUGACCCAUGUAGUGUGAUUUUGUUUUAAACUUCUAGCAUCUGAAACUCUUCAAAUUGUGCUAACAUCUUUGUUAAAUAGUAUAACUUUAUGGAGGUUGAAGAUUAGCAUCAGUUGGAAUCCCUCUCCCAUGUUGCAGCAGCCUUUCUGCAAAUACCCAGCAUUGUGCCAUACAGCAAGUUCCAGCAUGCUUCAGCUAAUUUGAAUGCUGAAAUUUUACUUCCAACAAUUUAAAGAUGCACAAUUAGCCGCAGAUUUAAUGAUGGUGGCAAAACAUUCUAGCAGACAUUGCACAGCUUUCAGCUAUCUUAUUAAAGUUUGUUCCAGAACUGUCCGAUAAUUUUCCUCAUCUGUCCUCAGUGCUGCAUGCCUGAACUUGUUCCUUUCUCAUUGUCUUUUUACACCACCAUGAUUUGAUACUCAUGGGAAAAUCAAAUGCUCAAGUCAGGCCCUGUGGGUUUGUUUGGUCCAGUGCUGAUUGCAUUACUAGGAAUUGAAUGGUUCCAACAAACAAAGCACCCAUUCCAGUUGCCUUGGGUUGCACAACCAAGUCUAUUGUUCACCCCACCACACUGAUUUAGUAAUGCACAGUAUUCCCUUCUGUGGCAUGUGUGCUACCCAUAUCACAGAUAUAUCAUGAUCAGUAGAGAAACAGUGUGGGAGAAUUUUCUGACUUUACAAGACGCUCAUUAAAAAGAUUUAGCCUUACAUUUCUACUAAAAUAUUUUGACCAUAUUGAAGAAAAGUACAGACUUAACCCAGCUGAAUAGCUAAUAUUCAGAGUCAGAUUCAGAUUCUACAACAUACCAGCCAUUUUGAUCAGAAGCCAGGAAAUGUCAUUCGUGAUGUUGGAGCAGCCAAUAAAGGAGAAAUGAUUAAAAAAUAAAGUCAUACCUUGAAGUAAAUGUUCCAAGUGUGAUCUUUGUUUUUCCUUCACACUGUCAAAGUAAGGAAUUAAUAAUUGGAUGAUCAGGAUUACAUAAAUAAAAACAAAGUUAUUCUACCUACCUUGAUGAGUCAGGCCCCAAAAUGCUGAUCCAUACAGUGGCUGAAUGAACAUUCCCGCUUUUGUUGAUCUGUACUGCAAUUGCUAAUCUCAUUUCAAACAUGUAUAUGGUACAGGAGAUUCAGGUAGAAGCUGUAUUUUGGGUGCACUUAAAACACUGUACCAGUGUUCUUGCACCUUUUAUCCUUUCCAUAGCCAGUUCACUGAGUCUCUAUGGCAUUUGUCAUAUGACAAAAUGGCAAAGCAGAUCAGUUUUCCAGGUUAAUACUUGAUGUAUAAACAGAGAGACAUCGGAUCAGUCGAGGAUUCCUGACAUGCAACUGAAUGGCAUCAUAACACAGAUUUUCAGGUAGGAAGUAAAACUUUAAAGUUUUGUUUUAUUCCAUUCCACUGACUACCAGCUGCUCAUGAUUUUCAGUGUCGGACUAUUGUGCCAUUCACCAUUACAAGGUACCA